CAUUUUAUUAACUUCGUUUCCGGUUUACGUAGUUGCUAGACGACGCUCUUUAUUUUUUUCUCAAAAUCAAUUUUCCAUUCGUUUAACGAAUCAUUAUAAAUUUAAGCAUUUCAUUGUUAAUUAUUGUGAUAAACCGAGAAUAGAUUAAUAAUUUGAGAUUAUUCAUUAUUAAUAAAGGUUGACAAGUUUUUAAGAACGAUAAAUUCACCGGAAGUUCGGAUUCUGCGAGACAGAUCUCAUCGUUCUAGCUCGUCGCCUAUUAUUUCACUUUUUUCGGUUUAAUAAAAUAUUUAUAAAAAAUUAAUAAUUAUUGAGGAUAAUGGCGACAGCCGUACCUUCUAGAUUUGCUGUUCUUGCCAUUGAGGACGAUGAUUUUAAACCGAAGAAAACAGCAAAACCUGCCAAUUCAGUAAAGGCAAAUCAAAAAAAUAAGAGUGACAAGACGAAACAACAACCCAAGAAGGAUGAUAAGAAAAAACAAAGCAAGAAUAAGAAAAAAAAGAAUGUUGCUAAUGAUCAGCAAUGGGAACAAUGGAAACAGAAAGAUUCAAUGGCUGUGGAAGAAUCCUAUGAACAGGAUCUUCAUCAAGCAAUAAUGCUGUCGAAAAUAGCUUACGAAUCACAAAUAGAAAAUGGUUCAAAAACUGAAAAAGAACAGGAGCAAACUAAAAAGGGUACCACUAAAAAGUCCAAAAAAUCAACAAUGUCCCUGGAGGAAUUCAAUAAUUUGGGCAAUAAUCCUACACAAAGUAUUAAUGAAAAAACCAUAAAUUCAAAUGGAAAAGAAAAACAUUUAGAAGCAGAUCCUGAGUAUUUUGAAAGGGUCCAGAAAGAAGCGAGCCAAGAAAUAAUAAAGGGAAAAGAGAAAGAUUUAAUAAAGGCGAGAUUAAAUCAAAUAGAUAACAAUGAAAUUACGUCUGCUCAGUUAAGAGUUGAAUUAGAAAAAAGAGAUGACAUUAUUAAGGAACUCAAAGAUGAUGUAUUCAAAUUGAAGGAAGAACUCAGUCAAGUGAAAAAUAGAAAUAAAAAAUUGUAUCAAAUAUUGGCGCAAGGAGAAAUGAAAGAUAAAGCUGCAGUAUUAGCAGAGGUAGCCAAACUUCAGGAAAUAAGAGACGAAUUAACUUCUGAAGUAUCAUCAUUGCACGCACAAUUGGAACAAGAGAGAUCUAAAAAUCAUGCUUCCAAUUCUGAAGCCAAACCUGUGAAACAAAAUAGUAAGAAAAGACUGGCCAGCGAAAAUGCCUAAGCAUUCUUCUCCAACUAUAAAGUAUAAUAAUGUGAUUUAAUUAGUUCUAAGUGUUUCAAUUAGGUAUCUAAUUCUUUUUUUUACGAUUUCUAUAUGCUUCACGUUCUUAAAUUUUUUUUUCUAUUAAUUCUAUAAUAUUUAGUUAACAUAUUUCGUUAGAAAACAAUAUAUAGUCUAAUGUAUAGAAAUUUCCAGUGACAGAGUAUAUUUUUUUUGUAAUUUUGUUAUUAAGAAUAAUUUUCAUAUAUAUAGAAGAAUUUAAAGUUUAGUUUUGUUGGUACAACUAUAGUUUGUAACUUACGAUCAUUACUGCCUAUUAUACUUAUAAAGUGAAACAUAAAACAAAAAGGAAAAGACUCAAAAGUAAACGAGCAAACUUUCUCUUUAAACUGUUUUGUUACUGAAUAUACUGUAACAAUUUCAAAUAUUUUGUAAUAAAUGUAUUCUAAUUGA